ACUGACUGGAACCCGGAGCCGUGCUCAUUCUGCUCUCCACUUAUCUGCUCGUUCGUCUUCUCCGCUUGCUUCGGCUCCAAAUCAAACGUCAUCAUGGUGUCAAUGGGACGGCAGAUGCUCGGCUUCAUCCUCGCCAUCAUCGGCUUCAUCGGGACCAUCAUCGUGUGCGCCCUGCCCAUGUGGAAGGUGACGGCCUUCAUCGGAGCCAACAUUGUGACGGCGCAGAUCAUCUGGGAAGGCCUGUGGAUGAACUGCGUGAUGCAGAGCACCGGACAGAUGCAGUGCAAGAUCUACGACUCCCUGCUGGCGCUGCCUCAGGACCUCCAGGCCGCCAGGGCCCUGGUGGUCGUCUCCAUCGUCAUCGCCGCUUUGGGAAUCAUCCUGGGUGUCGCCGGAGGGAAGUGCACCAACUUUGUGGAGGAGCCGCGCGCCAAAGUCAGAGUGGCCAUUGCAUCCGGGGUGGUCUUCAUCUGCGCCGGGGUGCUUGUCCUGAUCCCCGUGUGCUGGUCCGCCAACACCAUCAUCAGGGAUUUCUACAACCCGCUGCUGACCAGCGCUCAGAGGAGAGAGCUGGGCGCCGCGCUCUACAUCGGCUGGGGCACGGCGGCGCUUCUCCUCCUGGGGGGAGCCCUCCUGUGCAGCUCCUGUCCUCCCAAGAACGAGAGCCCCGAGUAUCCAGUCAAGUACAACAGAGACUACAACGGAGGCUACAGCAGAGACUACAACGGAGCCUACAGCGCCUACAGCGGACCCAGGUCCGUGGCCAAAUCGGCCACCAGCCGGGCCUACGUCUGACCGCGGCGUCCUGCUGAGGAAGGACUGUAAAUUAUUGACACUUUCAAAGAAGCUACCUUCAGCCCGACUUUCUGGAAGCAGCAAAGAGUGAUUGUCAGCUGGAGAGGUCGGAUUCUCUAAAGGAUCUGGAGAAAAGGCAUUAAAGACGUUAAACAAGAAGGUUAUGAAUGCGUUAUGGUCUCGGCACUAAAGUGUUGCAGUAUUUAUAUAUACUGGACUAUAUUAGCGCUGGAAGAAAGAGGCCGGUUAUUUAUAUGAGCCAAUUGUGAAGUGUAUGCUUUAUCAGCUUUAAGAGUUCUGAUUGUGCACAAAGCAUGCAUUGUGAAUUUUCUUUUAAUAUUUUUUUUUAUUAUUUUACACAUGAUAGCCAUUGCUUUGUUUCAAUAUUAUAUACUGUUUUUUGCAAAAGCAUAAAAUUCUAAUAAAACAUGUAUAUAUUA